AGAAGAAGAAGAAAAUAAAAUAGCAGGGAGCGUUUAUAACAUGAGGGCAGUUAGUAGACUUCUCCAUGUCUUAUUAAGACUGUAGAAGGUAGUUUUUGCUAAAAAAGCUAAACUGCAAAUAUACAACGUUAUUUAUCAAUAUAAACCUCCAACUUGGCGCUGGUCAGCAACAGUUAACGUGCUCAAAAUUAGCUCAAUUUAGCUAACGUUACUUAGCGGCGGAAGCAGUUGAUAGACAUGUCAAGACAGAUGGGAGACAGCCAUCGACGGUUCCUGCAAACCAUGAUGGCCAACGGCAUCGUUGAUGAGCAAGGGGCGAGGAAGCUCCAUCAGUAUAGUUGUGAAACCCACAACACACAGCAUUUCCCUGACAAGCUGGAUGAUUUCAUUGAUGCCAUCAACUCGAAGCUGCAGCCUUUGUUCAUGCAGAUCAGAAAAGGGAUGUCUGAAAACAACGGCCACCAGUUUUACGCAUUGGUGAACAUGGCUGAGACCGAUGUCACCAGAAUGUCGUCAGAUUACGCCGACAAUGAGCUAGAGUUGUUCAGGAAAACAAUGGACCUGAUCGUGGGCUCUGAGAACGGCAAGGCGUCUUCCACUGACAUUCUGAACAGCGCCGACACCCUGACCACCAAGAAGCUGAAGAAAAGUGAAACUGAGCACCUUUUGAACCGACUAGUGCGUGACAAAUGGCUCAGUGAGAAACACGGUGAAUACACUUUGUCCACCAGAUGCAUUAUAGAGAUGGAGCCAUAUAUUCGCACAAUGUAUCAAGAGCAAGUCAAAGUGUGCCACAUUUGUCACAGCAUCGCCCUCCAGUGCCAAAUUUGUGAGAAUCCUACCUGUGGAAUAAAAAUACACAACCCAUGUGUGGCCAGAUACUUCAAAGGAAGAGUAGAGCCGCGGUGUCCAGCUUGUGAUGACUUUUGGCCGCAUGAAAUCCCCGAAGUUGGCCUCUAAGUCCAGAAGAUGAGGACUUAAACAUCAACUGUUUUUUUAAUGUUAAAAGAUGUUGUUAAACUUUUGUAGUAAACCAAACUGUAAAUUUAAAUAUUUUUACAAAAUAAAUAAGUGU